GAACAAAACUGACCGGCUUUAUAUUUAUAGUUUUCGUUUACAGAAACGAUGGACGUAAAAGUGAAAAAGAAAGUGAACUUAUCAACAACUGAACAAUUACAAUCACUUUCAAAAGAGGAGUUGGUGGAAAAAAUUCAACAACUGGAAGCGCACAACAAGCAGCUUAAGUGCAUCGUGCAGAAAAACCUAACAACGGUGAAGGGUGCCGAUGGCAAGGUCUCGAAGAAGCGCCCUUUCGAUUUCAGCAAGUGCUUCAAACGCCACAUUCUUCUACGAUUUUACUACCUCGGGUGGGAUUAUCAGGGCUUUGCAGCACAAGAAGAUUCCCUCGAUACGAUUGAGUAUCAUGUUUUUACUGCGCUGAAAAAAGUUUGUCUGAUCGAAAGCCGAGAAACCUCGAACUACAAUCGAUGCGGUCGUACAGAUAAAGGCGUUAGCGCCUUCCAUCAGGUAAUCAGCCUGGACGUACGCUCCAAGUUUCCCCCCAAGGAGCAGCUGCUCGAGGAGAACGUAGCUGCUGAGCUCGAUUACUGUGCAAUGUUGAACCGUGUGCUGCCGGAAGAGAUCCGGUGUCUCGCCUGGAUGCCCAUGGUGAACACUAGCUAUAGUGCUCGGUUUGACUGUCGUUCGCGCACGUACCGCUACUUCUUUCCCCGGGGGGACCUGAACAUAACCGCGAUGGAGGAAGCAGCCGGGCACAUGUUGGGCUCACACGAUUUUAGGAAUUUGUGCAAAAUGGACGUUGGAAAUGGGGUGGUGAAUUUUGUACGAAGCAUCGAGGAAAUCUGCAUCCGACCAUCGCAAGCGGACACUACGGACGAUCGGAGCUACGACAUGAUGUACCUACAACUUCGGGGCAAAGCCUUCCUCUGGCAUCAAGUGCGUUGCAUUAUGGCUGUAUUAUUGCUAGUUGGCCAGGGAAAAGAGAAUCCAGCGAUCGUGCAGGAACUGCUGGACGUUGAGAAAAACCCCUGCAAGCCUCAGUACAGCAUGGCCAGCGAUGUUCCCCUGAAUUUGUACGAAUGUCAGUUCAACGAGAAAAGUGGUGAACCUAACGAGGGUAAAACAGACGACGAAAGCGAGUUACGACCGUGGAUUUACCAAGAGGACAAUCUAUGGCGUACUAUUUCGGAUCUACAAACCCUAUGGACGAAGCAUAGCGUAAAGACUACGAUGAUUCGUGAAAUGUUGGCCACAUUGCAGGGUGUAUUCCAGGAGAACUUUGGAGUCGGCCGUUCCUUAUGUAAUCAGGCUGACUCACUGACACAAGGCGUAAGAAGCAGAGAGUACUGCCCUUUACUCCAGCGACAGCGAUGUGAGAGCUUGGAGAAUCGCAUCGAACAUUAUUCCAAGAAGCGACGCAUUGAGGUUAGCGCUAAACCAAUCGAGUCCGAUACGGCCCGCACGGACGGAAGCGUCCCCUCAACGCAGACCGCCUGCAGCACGUAACACGGGAAAAAACCAUAUUCGAUGGCGGCCUUUUUGUAGAUCGGUGGGAUUGUGAGUACCGUGCCGGGAAUAUAGGAUGAAACGGAGAGAAAAAAAACAGUAAAACUAGCGUUUUCCUUACGAAUGUUUUAUCUCAUUUUAUUUUUGGGAUAUCAUUUACGAUUUGUACAAGAACAGAGAGAGAGAGGAGAACAAUGUGCUAAAGAAGGAAGGAUGGAGAGAGAAAAGAAAAGCCCUUAACCUAAAUGUUUGUCAAUUUCUUACACUAGAAGAUCCGAUCCGUGCCGUUAACCGAACCAUCCGGUUCGCGCGCAAGUGAGUUUAAUGUCAAGUGGCAACAAGUAGCGUACAUUGCCAUUAGUAUGCGGUUGCGUGUGCCCGAUCUCUUGUAUCGCCGAUGAUUCCGGCCGCGUUCGCUUGCUGAUUUGAUGCAUAAACACGGGACAAACGGGAUGGAGCACCAGAAGGGCUGUUGAAAUCUAAAGUCUCGUAGGGUUUCGGUUCAUCUAAAACCCCGGGCGUGCGUGCGUGCGUGUCGUGCGCGCGCAUGUUUGCAGAAAACUAUACAGAAACAGGUGACUAGAAUUGACGUGUCCCCAACCCAGGCCGGAGGAUAGACGUGGGUAGAAUAAAUAAUAAU